CAUACGGUCACACUACAACGUUGAAAAUGGACGAAGAACUGAGAUUGAUAAACAACAAUUUAACCGAUGCAUUUUCCAAAUUAAUGAAAAGCGCCUCAAAAUGUAAAAGUAAAGCGCUGCAACAGCGCAAACAGAACCUUGCCACGCUGAUAAGACAACAUGUGCGGCACCUGCAACAGACGGUGGUAACAAAUCGAAGGCGUCGCCAGCAGCGAAUGCGAAUGCAACUAAAAAAAAUGCGCACCUUUUUCAUGCAACAAAUGAUCGAGUUGCAAACAAACUACAUGCAAAUGUUUGUCAUGCUGCGCAUGAAGCAUGCCCAGCUGCAGAGCGUCGAAGAGAGCCUGGCGACAGUCGAACAAAAGCCCGAUGCCACUUGCCAAUCUGCGACUGAAGCAAUUGGAGCAACUGGCGAGACGACAUUGUUCUGGGAGCAUCAAAUACCGCAAUUUAGCGAUGAGGAGUUCCUCGACAGCCUGCACGUCUCGCGCAGCACAUUCCGCUCGCUGUGCAGCCAAUUGGCGCCCACGCUGCGCCUUGCGCCCGAGCUGACCUGCGCCGUGCCGCAUCCAAUCUCGGCGGAUAAGUGUGUGGGUCUCGCCCUCUAUUUUCUGGCCAGUGGCGAACGCAUCUCCAUCAUCUCGGAUCAGUUUGCGCUGCCGCGUACCCGCACCAUCAAGUGCCUGAAGAUCUUCUGCAACGCUGUGAUGUCCAGCCUAGGCAAGGCGUUGCGUAUGUUGCCGCAGAGCGUGGCGGAUUGUGACAAUGUCGUUGCCGGUUUCCAAAGGGAGUGCAACAUGCCCGCCGCUCUGGUUGGAAUGCUGGGCGUCUGCUGCAUUCCGUUGCGGGGCAAAGCGAAGCAUUAUGCGGAAGAUGGGCCAUCGUUGCGCAUGGAGUUCCUCCUGGACGAUCGCAUGCUGUUCCGUGAGUUGCAACUGGGCAACAAUCACGGAAGAGUGCCACUCUCGCCAUUGUUCUCGGAGACACCGAAUCCGUUGGCGUUGCUGCCACCGCGCAGCAUCAACAAGCGAAAGGUUCCCGCUUUUGUAUUGGCGCCCGUCAAUCAAAACUAUCCGCUGCGUCCGUGGCUGUUGCAACGCUAUGCGGAUCCAGUGGCACCGCACGAAUACGACUUCAACGAGGUGGCCGAUCAUCUGCAGGAGCUCAGCGAUUGCGCUCUUCACCGCCUCAUGUCUCGCUGGCGCUUCCUCAGCCAGCCCUUGGACAUCAGUUUCCAGACAGCUGCCUGCAUCAUUACAGCUGCCACAGUGCUGCACAAUCUGCUCGAGGAGCUGAGUGAACCCCAUAUGCUUGAAUGGGGCAACACUGUGGACGUCUCCAGAUUCAGAUCACCGCCAAUCGUUCCCAAGCCGGAUAACAGCGAGGAUGCCGAGCAUGCAUUAAAAGUACGCGAUUUUCUGGCACGCACCAUCAGCUCCACGGAAAUGUAAAUUGCACGUUAAGUAAAUAGACUAAGGAUAACAUUUGUGCAUAUAUUAAGUGAUUUAAGUGUUAUAUAUAUAAAUUUAAUACCCAUGAAGUCAAACACAAA